CAUGAGCUGGCUUCGGGUAGAGAGAUGGAGAGAUUCCGUAUGUGGGUUUUCUCUAGCUGUCAAAUUGAAGCUAUAAAUAUACAUCAUACUCCACUUUGUUGCUUCACAAAUUGUUUCUACUUCUCUUUUUCCCUCUCUGUUGAUAUUUGGUUACAAACAGAGAGAAUUCAUCCACCUUUCACCUUUGUCUUGCAACAAGUGUGUGGUAGUACUACUAUCUCAACUUCCACAACAACAACACAACAUAACAAAAAAAGAUAAGAGACAAAGCGAAAGUGAAUUAUAAAUUUGUGAUCUCUCUUCGUUCAUAAUCAUAUUGUGAUUGAUUGCAUAUCACUAAACUUGUUUCGUUUUCCAAAUUUUGAUUCAUCUUCUUUUCUCAAGAAUGACUACUACUACGGUUAGUAGUGAACUGCUAUCAUCAUCAUCAUCAUCAUCAUUUUCUUCUUUCUCAGUUCUCUUUAUCUUUGCUUGUAUCUUCAUCACCUCUCUAUUUCUUUUACAUCGUAUCUUCAAAAUUUUGACCUCAAAUGGGAGAAAACUUCCUCUACCUCCCGGUACCAUGGGUUGGCCAUAUAUUGGUGAAACAUUCCAGCUCUACUCACAGAACCCCAACGUCUUCUUUGCUUCCAAAAUCAAGAGGUUUGGGAAAAUAUUCAAGACCCAUGUACUGGGAUGUCCAUGCGUAAUGAUAUCAAGCCCUGCAGCAGCUAAAUUUGUGCUGGUGACACAAUCUCAUCUCUUCAAGCCUACAUUUCCAGCUAGUAAAGAGAGGAUGUUAGGUCCUCAAGCCAUCUUUUUCCACCAGGGGGAUUACCACACUAAACUCAGGAAGCUUGUUCUGAGAGCAUUCAUGCCUGAUUCUAUCCGGAACAUCGUCACUGACAUCGAAUCCGUUGCUCUACAAUCUCUCAAAUCGUGGGAUGGUUGUUUCAUCAAUACUUUCCAGGAAAUGAAAUCUUAUACAUUCAACGUGGCACUACUUUCGAUCUUCGGAAAAGACGAGAUAUUAUAUAGAGAAGAUCUGAAAAGGUGUUACUAUGUACUUGAACAAGGCUAUAAUUCAAUGCCCAUAAAUCUUCCGGGGACACUGUUUCACAAAUCAAUGAAAGCAAGAAAAGAACUAGCUUUAAUUCUAGCAAAGAUAUUAUGUUCAAGACGAAAGAGCGGUGAAGAAGAAGAGCACCAUGAUUUACUUGGAUCAUUAAUGAGAAAGAAAGAAGCAUUGACUGAUGAGCAAAUAGCUGAUAACAUCAUUGGUGUCAUAUUUGCUGCUAGAGACACUACUGCCAGCGUACUAACAUGGAUUCUCAAGUACUUGGCAGAAAAUCCUAAAGUCCUUCAAGCUGUCACUGAAGAGCAAGAAUUAAUAAAGGAAAACUGCAGCAAAAACAAGUUUGAUGAAGAAGAAGAUAAGGAAAAAUAUUUGAGUUGGGGAGAUGCCAAGAAGAUGCCAAUAACUUCAAGAGUUAUUCAAGAGACACUUAGGGUUGCUUCAAUUCUAUCAUUCACCUUCCGAGAAGCUGUCGAAGAUGUUGAAUAUGAAGGUUACACAAUACCAAAAGGAUGGAAAGUUUUACCAUUGUUUAGAAAUAUUCACCACAGCCCUGAGAUCUUCCCAGAGCCUGAGAAAUUUGAUCCAUCUAGAUUUGAGGUUGCUCCAAAACCCAACACAUUCAUGCCAUUUGGGAGUGGAACCCACUCAUGUCCUGGGAAUGAGUUAGCUAAAUUGGAGAUAUUAGUCCUCCUCCAUCAUCUCACCACAAAAUACACGUGGUCUGUUAUCGGGCCACAAAACGGGAUCCAUUAUGGUCCAUUUGCUCUUCCCCAAAAUGGGUUGCCAAUCAGAUUACAUCUCAAGAGUUAGACGUCUCCAGAAUUAUUAAUUUAAUUAACCAUCAAUCCAGAAGAAGCAAAAAUGAGAAGAUAGGAGAGAAACAAAGACUUUUCACGAAGACAUCACAGGCCGGGGGACCCAAGUAGGCAGAGAAGAAAGGGCUGUAACCAAAAAGGCACACCCCUACACGACUCCAAGUGACUACUACUGUACCACGAAAAAGCGAGGAAAUCAAAUUUUGAGAAAAGUAUACAAAGAAGGGAUCAAACCAUAAAAUGUACAAAUUACAAAAGGCCUUUCAGACAAAAAUGAGUAAUAAUGUAAAUAUGAGCUGUACUUUUCCUUCUCUUUCCUGGUCUGCUUCUUGCUUGAAUUGCAAUCCCCCGUUCGAUGUUAAAACGGUAUUUAUUAGGAGAAGCACUAAAUGUAGAGGAGUGACCUCAAAGAAGUGGUCACUAUUUCCUUCAACUGUAUAUAUACAAGUUAAUGGCAAGCAUAGAUCAUUACCCCGUUUUU